AUGGCUGAUUUUGGGGGGUUACAUCGGAAUGAGGCCAGUGGUGCACUCACUGGAUUAACACGUGUCAGGAGAUUCCAGCAGGAUGACGCUCAUAUCUUCUGCAGGGAGUCCCAAGUAAAAGAUGAAGUGAGGGCUGUCUUAGAGUUUAUCGAGUAUACCUAUAAUAUAUUUGGAUUCACUUUUAAGCUGAAACUUUCAACAGUGAAUGAAGGGGAUGGUGCAUUCUAUGGACCGAAGAUAGAUAUCACUGUAUCUGAUGCAUUGAGCAGAGAUCAUCAGUUGGCAACAUUACAGCUUGAUUUUCAACUUCCCGACCGCUUUAAGCUGUAUUACUCAGCAGAGGGUGAAGAUGGCAAGAUGGAGAGGCCUGUUAUGAUACACAGAGCUGUUUUAGGUUCCGUUGAGCGUAUGCUUGCUGUACUGUUGGAACAUUACAAAGGGAAAUGGCCCUUCUGGCUUAGUCCACGUCAGGCAAUUGUUUGCCCUGUGUCGCACACAGCCCUGCCUUAUGCUCUACAGGUACGGGAUCAGAUCCAUCGAGCUGGUUAUUAUGUCGAUGUUGACACAAGUGAUAAAACAAUUCAGAAAAAGGUACGACAAGCUCAGAUCGCACAGUACAACUACAUUUUAGUUGUGGGUGGGGAGGAAGUUCAAAAUGGACAGGUUAGCGUAAGGGUUAGAGAUAAGGGUGAUGUGACAGUAAUGAGCAUGGAGAGCCUACUACAACACUUCAAGGACCAAGUUGAAGCUUUCCAUUAGGAUUCCCUUCAUUUUAUUAUUUCAUUUUUUCUUGGGAGUGAUGGGUGAUUUGAUCAUAUUUUUUUUUGGGUCCAAAGUGAUUUGAUGAUCUAACACCGAUGGAUUGUUUAUUUAAUUUCCCCGUUUGAGUCC